UGAGUGUUAAAAAUUUGAAUUUAAAUUUUUGUUGAGCAAACCAUGUCAUGGAAUACGUGCCCAUGAAUUAACUCCCGCCCCACUGUGUCCCUGUCAUCCUCCGCCGCAAAGGAAAAAGGCAAAUACACCGUUGCAAAUACAGCCAAUAAUGUCCCCAAGUGGAAGGAGAAGGCCCUCGAAAGUCCCUGUACUACCAAGGGCAAAUCCGGUAACAAAUAUUAAUUCAUUGCAUUCUCUCUGCUUGGAGAGGGGUGAAGGAAACAACUUGCGUUUUGUCAUUUGAUGCAAAGGGGGGGGGGUGAAGGAAUCAACUUGCGUUUUGUCAUUUGAUGCAAAGGGGGGGGGGGAAGGAAUCAACUUGCGUUUUGUCAUUUGAUGCAAAGGGGGGGGGAACGUCCCUCGUGUUCUACGCCCUUCUCUCAUCUUCAAUUCAAUGCAAGCCCACCCACCGUUUCCAAAUUGGAAAACCACUUUCUCUCGCUCUUUUUGUUCCAAAUCAGAGAUACAAAAACCACCCUUUCUUCUCUUCAAGCAAUGAUCAACAAAAACUUACACCCCUCCAAAAUGCAAAGACGGAUCUGUCCCCGCACCAUCACCAAGAAAAUGAGAUUCCCCCAUUUCUUUUCCAGCAGCACCGCCACCAAAAAAAUGAAACUCCCCAGUUUCUUUUCCCGCACUAAUGCACGGACAACCAUGAGAAACCCCCCCUUAUAAAACCCCCAACGUGGGUAAGCUAAAAGCCCCUCAAACCACCCAAAAUAACGGGGCAGUAGCAGAAGGAAGAAAUGAGCAGGACCCGCAAGGAAGAAGAUCCCUUCAAACGUUUCUUUGAAGAAUGGAUCGCCGAGCAAGAACGCCAACUCCACGAGCUCAUGGCAGCUUCUCACGCCCACAUCAAUGAAAAAACCCUCCGCUCCCUGAUCGAGCGCGUCAUGGCCCACUAUGAGGCGUACUAUGAUGCCAAAUCCAAAGCAGCAAAGGAGAACAUAGUGGGCAUGUUCUCGCCCACUUGGACCAGCAAGCUCGAGAACGCCUUCCUCUGGAUUGCAGGCUGGCGCCCUGCCAUGGUUUUCCGCCUACUUUAUGCAAAGGCUGGCCUACAGCUGGACUCUGACCUUGCAGAUUUGUUGCAGGGCCUAAGCCGUCGGAAUUUGGCCGACCUCUCGCCCUCACAAUUAAUGGCAGUUAACGAGCUUCAGAUGAAAACAAUCAAGGAGGAGGAGGAGAUCAGCAGGAAGAUGGCCAAGUUACAAGAGGGGGUGGCUGACCAGCCUUUGGUGGGAUUGGUUCAGAUGGUGAAUGCAGAAGAGGAUGGGGUGGAAGCGGCAUUGGAAGAGCAGGAAGAGGGGCUCGAGAGGGUGCUGGAGUGUGCUGACCGGCUGAGACUGGAAACACUCAAGAGCGUGGUUGGGGUACUCAACCUAAUACAGGCUGUCGAUUUGCUGGUGGCCGCAGCACAGUUACACUUGAAGAUACAUGAAUGGGGGAUGAAGAGGGACGGGAACCUCAACCACCACGACUUGACAGCAGCACCUGAGACUGGAAAGCCCUAGAUGGACUCCAGCUUGUUGUAUUCAGUGUAGCUAUAUCAUUAGUAGCGGCCACCACUUAGUUUCCUAGCUAGUAGUUACAUCUCUCUCUCUAGAUUGUUACAUAGCAUCGUCUCGGCUGGACUAGGAGUCUAUAGGUCCACCUGGUGCUCUCUUUGCAUUUUACUUUAAAGAAGCUAUAUUGUAUUUUUUUUUUAGUAGUUGCUGACUUCAGUGAAACAUAAGGUUCCGUUCCUAGGUAUGUAUUUACAAUUUUAUAUACGUGUACAAGAAUGACCGCCUCUGUUAGCUCGGAGCUAUAUAGUAAUCAAUAGUUGUUGACUUUGGUGGAAGUAUUGGACAAAAUCUCAGCUCAAACAAAAUAGCUUCUCUCUCUUUCUCUCGGUUUGGGAACCUCAACCAACUUCAAUCUUGGAUGUGAGCACUGGAGGUUCAAACCACUGAGCUAAGAAUAAAGUCAAGAUUCUACACUUGAAAAAGGGCAAAAAACUUAUGAUUAUCUUUCUCAAUUAGUUUGGGUGGAUGGCAUUUAGAUGCGAAAGAUACGACGCACAUCUGAGAGGGUACGGAUAAAAGCCAAACAAACGUACAGAGCUGGAAAAAAAAAGAGAAAAAUAUAUAAAUAUAUAUAUAUUUGUCAAAAAAAAAAAAAACAAAC